GCAGGCACAUCCACCCUCCGCUUAAUGUGCUCUAACGUGUAUUUUUUUAUUCAUGUUGUCUGAGGAUAAACGCAUGAUCUCUUGGGUCCGUCCAGCGCGGCACUUGUAUUACUCUGCGCGCAUUGCCGCGCCUGCAUUGCGGUGUCGGGGACCAGGCCUGGCGGCCGCGGGGUUAAGUUAGGAGCCUUCGCCGCUCCAGGUGACCGGUGCCACCUGCAAUGGCGUCCCCGCCGCCUGGGUCCCUCCGCCAAAUCACUCCGGGCGGGACGAGCAACUCAGAGGUCAACUGAUGGUCUCCUCAUGAUCCAAUGGAAGGGAAUGUAGAUCAGUGGAGAAGGGAAGGACAGUCUUUCCUCCGUAGGUUUCUUCAAUUGGUGGACAUCUUGGAUCCUACAACAUUACUCGCAUCAAAUAAGGAAAUAGAAAAUGCUCACACUCUACUUCAGAGCAGCCAACUGAAGGAAGUGGUGAAAGAUGAGAAGAUUAAAGAAGCUCUGAAACUUACCCUGUCUUCAGUUCAUCCAGACACGGGGAAUGUGCUGCCGACAGUGUUCCGUGUUUCAGCAUUCGCACCAUUUGCUAGUCCUUUGAUUAUAGCAAUACUUCUGCCUCACAAGAGGAUGAAACCAGCUUUGCUUUGCCAGCUUCUCUUUCAGUCAUACAGUGCGGGAUACAACUUGGCAAAUGGAAAUAAAACUACCUGUAAAGAUGAAAAAAUGCCUCUAAAUAAAUUUCUCCUUUUGAUCGGAGCUGUAUCCUACACAACAUGUUUGGGAGUUGUCCCUCAGUUUGUGGUAUCCCGCUACAGUUUCAACAGUCCAGCAAUGUACACUUUCUUCAGAAAGAUCUUGCCCGUUCCUGUACUUGGGCUAGUUUUGAUUGUGGUUCUCUCCCUCCUGUCAGCGAUUGCCAGUGCUUUCAAUGUGGCAGUAGUCCGAGGAUCCGAAUUUGAGAAAGGUGUUGAAGUUACAGAUAAAAAUGGAAAUGUCGUAGGAAUCUCCCAGGCAGCCGGAACCAAGGCAGUUAAAGACACAGCAGUUUCCAGAGCAGUAUUAAUUGGAACCACAGCAGCUGCACCUACCAUGAUUGUCAGCUAUUUACAAAGGACAAAUUUCAUAAGAAGAUUCCCACAUGCUUUAGCUCCUAUUGGCCAUGUAACGACGAUCUUGAUCCUAGGAUUAAUGGUACCCAUUUCCUUCAGCCUGUUUCCUCAGAUGGGGAAGAUAAACAAGAGCAAACUAGAACCUUUAAUUCAAGCAAACACAACGGAAGAUGAACUUUAUUACAAUAGAGGUUUGUGAAAGAGGGCCACUGAAUCAGAUCGCUGGGUUGCUUUCUGCACGAGGAUUAUUUAUUCAUCUGGCAUAUCAUUGUUAAGCCUAGAUGUUUGGCACACAACACAAGUACCUCAGGAGUCCGAUCAUUGCAAAAAUGUUACUUGCUGGUAAAGUGUUUAGAAUAAUGAAUGUAAAACAUUGAGAUCCAUUGUAAUUGAAAUAAACAUUUUGUUUUAACA